CUAAUCAUAUUCUGCAUGGCCCAAUUCCUAGACGCGUUCAACAACUCCGCUUUGUUCCCCGCGUUGCCCAUCGUAGGCCAGAGCUUUGGGAUGAGCGAUACGGAACAGCAGUGGGUGUUUAGUGCGUACCAGCUCACGUUCUCGAGUUUCCUUCUGCUAUCAGGGAGGAUAGCGGAUAUCUCUUCCCCCAAAUGGACAUUCAUAUCCGGCAUAUCCCUCCUCUCGCUCAUCUCCCUCAUCGCCGGUUUUGUACCCUCCAAGAUCGCCCUGAUCGUCCUCCGCGCCCUCCAGGGUAUAGGCGCAGCGCUCACCGUUCCCUCCGCACUCUCCCUACUCGUAUGGACCUUCCCCUCCGACCCAGGCCAGUCCCGCGCCAUCGCAGUCUUCGGAGGCACAGGCGCGGUAGGGAACGUACUUGGUCUGUUGGUGGGCGCGGUGUUCACGGGCGAGGUCAGCUGGAAAUGGUGUUUCUGGUUUGUGACUUGUUUGGGCGUGCCGAUAGCCCUGGCGAGCGCCGCGUUCAUACCGGCUCAUGCGAGGGAUGAGGGGGAUACGAAGAAAACCAAAGGCGGACUGGACUUUAUCGGCGUGUCCCUCCUCACAAGCGCCAUGAUCCUCUUCGUAUUCGGGAUCACCUCCGGCCCCUCUACAAGCUGGACGAGUGGCCAAACCCUCGCUCCGAUCAUCCUCUCCCUCCUACUGCUCUCCCUCUUCCUCUACUGGGAAACCCGAAUCCCGGAACGUGAUGCCUGCCUGCCCCCCGCACUUUGGUUCUACCCCAACUUUGGGGUGCUGUUCACCCUCGCCAUUUUGCCUUUCGGAUGGUGGACAGCGUCUUUUAUCUCGUUUACCGAGCUGUGGCAGACGAGCUACGGGCUCUCAGCGCUGGACACGGCGGUACAUUUCCUCCCACUGGGCUUCUCAGCAGGGACGAUGAUCACCACCCUCGCCUGUUUCCCAGCAACGAAGCGUCCGAAACGUGUCAUCCUAGCCGGGUUUGUCCUGCUAAUCGCAUCCUCCCUCCUCCUCCCCUUCGCACGGGGGAUGGAAAACUACUGGCCAAUCCUCUUCCCCGCCAUGCUCCUAGGCUCAGCAGGCGCAAGCCUCAUAUUCGUAAACUGCAACAUAGCGAUCUUUCGUACGACCCCUUCCUCCCGCUCUGGGCUCACGGGCGCAGCACUCAACUCUGCCCUCCAGCUCGGGUGUGUCAUC